AUGUCGGACGAGGGUGUUUGGACAUUGAUCGAGUCGGAUCCAGGUGUUUUCACCGAGAUGUUACGAGGAUUUGGUGUCGAAGGAGUACAGGUAGAAGAGUUACACUCAAUGUCUGAGGAAGAGACAUCUCCAAUUUAUGGGUUGAUUUUCCUUUUCAAGUGGAGACCUGGUGAGGAUCCCAUUGGUGAGCCGGUCGAGACAAACAAUGUUUUCUUUGCUCAACAGGUGAUUACUAACGCUUGCGCUACUCAGGCUAUAAUAAAUCUGUUAAUGAAUGUAAAUGAUCCAAAAGUUAAGCUGGGACCAGUUCUUGAAGAAUAUCGCGACUUUGCAAAACAUAUUGAUCCUGCAAGUCGAGGAUUGGUACUGUCAAAUUCAGAGAAAAUUCGUCAAGUACAUAAUAGUUUCGGACGCCCUACUUUCUAUGAACUGGAACUCAAUACCCCUCAGUAUGAGGACAAUUAUCAUUUCAUUACUUUUGUUCCGGUAGGGAACAAGGUGAGUGGCGAACUAGAUGGUCUACGAGAAUUUCCAUUAGAAGUUUCCGCGAUUCCAGAAGGAAAGUCAUGGAUGGAAGUGAUAAGUCCAAUAAUCACAGAACGGAUGCGAAGGUUAGGUUGGCUUUUUGAAGUGUUUCAUAGUAAUGAAGUAAUACAUGAAUUUAAUAACUCCUCUGAAGAUUCAAUGACGGCGAUAUCAUGUUCAACCUCAUGGCUUUGUAGCUACCGCCGAGAGAAUGCAAGGCGGCGUCAUAACUAUUUGCCAUUCAUCGUUGAGAUUUUGCGUAUACUGGCGAAGGAGGGUAGACUGGUACCGAUGGUCGAGAAAGUAAGCAAAACAAAAGGAAAAUGCAACAGAACUAGUUAG